CUGACUGCGGCCGAGAUGGACGAGCAGAGGAGACAGAACGUUGCCUACCAGUACCUCUGUCACCUGGAGGAAGCCAAGCGCUGGAUGGAGGCCUGCCUGGGUGAGGGGCUGCCUCCCCCCACUGAGCUGGAGGAGACCCUGCGCAACGGGGUCCUCCUGGCCAAGCUGGGCCACUGCUUUGCCCCGGCUGUGGUCCCACUGAAGAAGAUCUAUGAUCGUGAGCAGACUCGGUACAAGGCAGCUGGGCUUCACUUUCGGCACACGGAUAACAUCAACUACUGGCGUGAUGCCAUGAGCCAUGUGGGCCUUCCCUCGAUCUUCCACCCAGAGACCACCGACAUCUAUGACAAGAAGAACAUGCCCCGGGUGGUCUACUGCAUCCACGCACUCAGCUUGUACCUCUUCAAGCUGGGGCUGGCUCCUCAGAUCCAGGACCUGUAUGGCAAAGUGAACUUCACAGAGGAGGAGAUCAACAACAUGAAGCGUGAGCUGGAGAAGUAUGGGCUGCAGUUGCCUGCCUUCAGCAAGAUUGGCGGCAUUUUGGCCAAUGAGCUCUCAGUGGAUGAAGCAGCAGUCCACGCCGCAGUGCUGGCGAUCAACGAAGCUGUGGAUCGGGGGGUGGUGGCCCAGACGAUGGAGACCCUCCGCAACCCCAGCGCGAUGCUGCAGGACCUGCGCGGGGAGCUGGCGGGUGCCUACCAGGAGGUGCUGCACCGGGCGAAGCUGGAGAAGGGCAGCAAUGCCAGGAACAGGUAUCUGCAGGUGAUCCCUGAGGGAGAGGAUGUCUAUGACCGGUGUCUGACCCAGGCUGAAAUCCAAGGGAACAUCAACAAAGUGAAUGUGCAUGGGACUCUGGAGGAGGUGGACGAUGCCCUGCAGAGACAGGAUGUGCCAGCACUGCACCGGGCGCUGCAGGACCCCGUCCUGGCCCUGCGCUGCCUCCAGCGCGACAACCUCCAGCUCUACUUGGAGCAGCUCAGCAUGGACCGGGAGCAGAAGGCACUGGACCUGGGCUACCUGGAGAUGCUGGACCAGGAGGAGGUGCAGGCGGGGAUCCUCACAGCCAACAGGAGGGACGAGGAGGAGCGAGCCAUGCUGCUGGCUGUCAGCCGGAUCAACGCCGCCAUCCGCCGAGGGAUGCUGGCUGAAACCUUGGAAGCGCUGACGGACCCUGCGGCGCAGCUGCCCGAUGUGCACCCCUUUGCUGCCCCCCUGUACCAGCGCCAGCUGGCCCUGCUGCAGCGCCAGCACCCACAGGGUGAGCUGGCACAGGAGGAGCUGUUCGUGGCUGUGGAGAUGCUCUCGGCUGUGGCGCUGGUCAACCAAGCCCUGGAUGUCGGGGAUCCUGACGGGCUUUGGAGCAGCUUGGUCAGCCCUGCCCUGGGCCUCUCGGGAGUUGAGGAUGCAAAUGUACAACGGUACUUUGAGGAUUUGCAGCAGCUGAAAGGCCAACCUAGGGAAGCGGGAGCUGAAUUCCUGAGCUGGAAUGACAUUCAGGACAGUGUGAACAGCACCAAUUCAUUGGUGCAGGAUGAAAAUGACAGAGUCCACGCGGUCAGGCUGGUCAAUGAGGCGCUGCUGCAGGCAGACCCGGAGAAGACGCUGGCGGCGCUGCUGCUGCUGGAGGCUGCCCUACCCGACAUCGCCCUCCCAACCGCCCAGCGCUACCACGACGUCCUGUCCCGGGCACGGAGGCAGAAAGCCCAGGCCAUGGGGGAUGACGGAGCUGUGCUUUGGUGGGAAGAGAUCCAGGAAGGGGUCUGCCGGGCUAACCAGGACACAGUGGCAGCCAGAAGGAUGGCUCUGGGCAUUGCUGCCAUCAACCAGGCCAUCAAGGAAGGGAAGGCGGCGCAGACACUGCGGGUGCUGCGCAACCCUGACGUGGCCCUGUGUGGUGUGGUGAGCGCCUGUGCCGGUGCCUACCAGGAGCAGCUGGCGGCUCUGGUGGCCACCAAGAGACCGGCAGGGAGUGAGAAGCUGUACUGGAUCCGGCACAGGCUGCCAGACGGUGCCGAGUACUACCUGAGCCUUAAGACCUUUGAGGGCAGCUGGCAGUGCCCACGCGACGGCGGCCUCAACACCACACACCUGAGCCGGGAGGAGAUCCAGCUGGUUGUCACCCGAGUGACGGCAGCGCACGACCGGGAGUGCCUGUGGGCAUCCAACACCUCCUUCGUGGUGAGGCUGCAGGCUCGGCUCCGGGGCUUCCUUGUUCGCCGGGAGUUCGCGGCACGACGGCACAUCCUGCGGGAGCAGCAGCCGGCUGCCGUCAGGAUCCAGGCUUGUUGGAGGGGGUACAAGCAGCGCAGAGCUUACCUGGAGAGACUGCGUUACCUGCGAGCCAACGCAGAGGCUGCAAUCAAGAUCCAGGCGGGUGUGAGGAUGUGGCAGGCUCGGAGGAAGUACCAGGAGAGGCUGCGCUACUUCAGGCAGAAUAUUAAAGCUGUAAUUAAAAUCCAGGCUUUUGUGCGAGCGAACAAGGCCCGUGGGGAUUACAGGAUGCUGGUCCAUGCCAGGAGGCCACCACUGAGCAUCGUCCGGCGCUUCAUCCACUUGCUGGAGCAGAGCCAGCAUGACUUCUGGGAGGAGUCAGAGGUGCUGCGGCUGCAGGAGGAGGUGGUGAAGAGGAUCCGUGCCAGCCGGCAGCUGGAGAGUGACCUGGACCUCAUGGACAUCAAGAUCGGGCUGCUGGUCAAGAACAGGAUCACGCUGCAGGAGGUGGUCUCCCACUGCAAGAAGCUGACAAAGAAGAACAAGGGGCAGCUCUCAGAGAUGAUGUCCAUAGACAAGCAGAAGGGGCUCAAGUCACUCAGCAAGGAGAAGCGGCAGAAGCUGGAGGCCUACCAGCACCUCUUCUACCUGCUGCAGACACAGCCGGUCUACUUGGCCAGGCUGAUCUUCCUGAUGCCCCAGAACAAGUCCACCAAAUUCAUGGAGUCAGUAAUCUUCACGCUUUACAACUACGCAUCCAACCCACGGGAGGCUUAUCUGCUGCUCCAGCUCUUCAAAGUGGCGCUGCAGGAGGAGGUCAGGUCCAAGGUGGACCAUGUCCAUGACAUCCUGAUGGGGAACGCCACGGUGAUCCGGCUGGUGGUCAGCUUCUACCGCAACGCGCGUGGGCAGAACGCCCUGCGGCAGAUCCUGGGUGGCCCAGUGCAGGAGGUCCUGCAGGACAAGGCCCUUGGCAUCCGUACCGACCCUGUGGACAUCUACAAGGCGUGGAUCAACCAGGCUGAGUCACAGAGUGGGCAGAGAAGCAAGCUCCCAUAUGAGGUCAGCCCUGAGCAGGCUCUCAGCCACCCUGAGGUCCAAAGGCGGCUGGAUAUUUCUAUCCAAAAUCUCCUGGCAAUGACAGACAAGUUCGUCUCUGCCAUCACCUCUUCCGUUGACAAGAUCCCCUACGGCAUGCGCUACAUGGCCAAAAUCCUGAGGACAUCUUUGACUGAGAAAUUCCCCAAGGCCCCGGCAGAGGAAAUCGAUAAGAUUGUGGGCAACCUGCUCUACUACCGCUUCAUGAACCCGGCUGUGGUGGCCCCCGAUGGCUUUGACAUCGUGGACAUCUCGGCUGGGGCGACCCUGCACCCCGAGCAGCGCCGCAGCCUGGGCUCCAUCGCCAAAGUGCUGCAGCACGCAGCCGCCCGCAAGGCCUUCGACGGGGAGAACGCGCAUCUCUGCGGGGUGAACCAGUACCUGGAGGACACCCACAACAAGUUCAGGAGGUUCAUCUCUGCUGCCUGCUGUGUCCCUGAACCAGAAGAGAGGUUUAAUAUGGACGAGUACUCAGAGAUGGUGGCGGUGGCCAGACCAGUCAUCUACAUCACUGUGGGGGAGCUCAUCAACACACACAAGCUCCUGCUCGAGCACCAGGACUCCAUCGCACCGCAUCACGGAGACCCCCUGCACGAGCUCCUGGAGGAUCUUGAUGAGAUUCCUACAGUCCAGUCCCUGGUUGGGGAAAGUGUUGCCAGCCUGGCAGAGAGUGGUGCUGAGCAGGUGCUCUCUCAGCUCAGCAGAACAGAGAUCUCCCUUACCCUCACUGGCAAGCUGCUGCCAGCGGCCAGCAGUGAGGAGAGCGACACGAGGAGCUUGCUGCUGAGCACCAAGCAGAUGCUGGUGGAUGUGAUCCAGUCCCAGUCAGGAGAUUCCCUCCCAGAAAUCCUGUGGACACAAGCCUUGGAGCACGAGGAAGCUGCCCACGACCGCCUCGUGCACAGGCGAGCGCUGCAGGAUGCCCAGACCCCCACCCAGCUGAAGUGGCACCGCUCCCUGGCUGCCAACGGUCAACUCUCCAUGGAGGACAAGAAGCGCAAGAUCAUCCGUAACCUGCGGCACUUGGAGAGCCUGGGGCUGGUGGACUCUGCCCACCAGUACCAGGAGCUCAUUGAUGAGUUGGCCAAGGACAUCCGGAACCAGCGGCGCCACCGGCAGCACCGCCGCGCGGAGCUCCUGAAGCUGAGGCAGACCCUGCACAGCCUCGAUGCCAAGACCUUAUUUUAUGAGGAGCAAAUUGAUUAUUACAACCAGUACAUCAAGACCUGCCUCGACAACCUGGCAGCCAGCAACAAGGUCAGCAGGAAGAGUAAGAAGCUGCCGUCGCUGCACUACACGGCGGCCCGGCUGUUGGAGAAGGGAGUGCUGCUGGAGAUCCAGGACCUGCCACCCAGCCAGUUCAAGAACGUGAUUUUUGACAUCAUCCCCUGUGAGGAAUCGGGCAAGUUCCAGGUGAAAGCCAAAUUCAUGGGAAUCGACAUGGAGCACUUCCAGCUGCACUACCAGGACCUGCUGCAGCUGCAGUACGAGGGCGUAGCAGUCAUGAAGAUGUUUGAUAAGGCCAAGGUCAACGUUAACCUGCUCAUUUUCCUCCUCAACAAGAAAUUCUUCAAGAAGUAACAGGGGUGGGGGGGUGGAAUGGGCUACGGGGACGGGGGGACCGAUGAAAACCUGCCAAAGGCACCUUGGGGUUAGUGAUCCUGGGGUAGGGAAGUUUCUGCUGGCCAUGCAUCUUUCCUGCCUGGACCCAGAGUACUUGAGCACCUGCAGCUGGCUCAGCCCCAGCCCUGGGCACCCCAAGCUCGGUACUGAGCCGGUACCCGACCUCCUCGCAGAAGGAUGCAGCUGCCAAAGCUUUUGCAGCGCGUGUUGCUUUUAAAAUCUAUUUUUUUUUGUGGGUAUUUUGGCUGUUUAGUCCCUGUGUUGCCAACAGCCAGCUGCUCAAGGACACUGGAUUUCUGGACACUACACAGGUUUUUAGUGAUGUAAUAAAGGUAUUUUAAUAUAUAUAUAUAUAUUUCUUCCUCACAGUAAGGCUGGAGAAAUGUCAAAAUCAGUCUUUAUAUUGUGAGGUAGGAGAGGGGCAGAACAUAGAGGCAAUAACUGCUUGUGAGGACAUCUGUGGCUGUUCCCUACUAAACUGAGGUGCAAUAGGAGAAUGUUGGUUUCCAAAGAUGAAUUUCAUUGCUCUCCAGCCAGGCUGAGAACAGAUACAAAGCAGGGUGGCUCAGAGCCACUGCUCUCCCACGGAUGCCGCAGGGCACCAGAGCAGGGACCUCCCCUUUCUGGGUUUGCCUGGUAUUGGAUGUGGAGCAAUCCCAUGGCACUGUCUCAGCUGGGAUGGUGAUGUCUCUCUCCCCUCUUUAUUUGCUCUGGUGGGAGCAAAGUUUUCAAAUGUGGAUAAUGAUCGAGUUUGUCCACGGAUGCAUUUAAAGCACUUUCUCUUCAUGUGAGCCCCUUCCCUGGGAUGGGAAGGGAACUGGUGGCAGUCCCAACCUCCUCCCAGCCCUGUCUCCAUCAGGCAUAGGAGCAGCAAGUCCCAAACCUGCUCCAUAAAGGAACUUUUUGGGGGGAUCGGAUUUGGAAUCUCCCUCGCUGCUCAAGUAACUGCCUUGGGUUAGGGUUAGCCUUGAAGCUGGCUCAAUGGUACCUCAUCUAUUGCCAUCUGGGGCUCUGUCUUGUCUUUGAAAAGUGACGUUUGUUUGUGAUGUGUUUUUUCUUUCCCUUCUGUCAUAUAAAAGCUGCAAACGGUGCUUACCCUCAUCCCUGCCCAUGCUGGAUUCCUGCUGUGCUGC